AUAGCAUCCAGUCCGAAACAAUUGUCACAUUCGCGAAAGAGUUAGCAGAAAUUGCAAUUUGGAUAGGAAGAGCAUCAGCAUCACCAUCGGCAACUGCACAGUUCGGUGCGACUCGCUAUGUAUCUGAAAGUCCAGUUCAACCCGAACCGACGUAUACCAUUUCUCUAUAAAUUCAUGAAACCUUGGCCAUGAAAAUUCAUUCUUGGUUCAUACUUUGAACCUUUCUCCACGAACGCAGCAUUUCUUUCUCUUCUUCGCGUCUUUGUACUUUCGAAACAUAGUCAAGAUACAUCGCGACUUCAAUCAAGACGUACUCGAGCAAUUUCUUUUCGCGAUAGUAUCUAAAGUAGAUAGUGCACCGGGUCGAGAAGAUACUUUACAAUAGAAAGCGAUUCAUCAGGCGUACGAGUACUGCCGGCGAUUUAUUCGUUAUUAAUUUCCAAAAGCAUCUAUAAUUUAUCUUAAAUCUGUUAGAUUGAGAUUCAUCUAAUAAGUCAGUUGCGCGGUGAUCUCCAUUAACAUUAGUCCAUCGGCAAGAAGUUUUUAAGUUAAGUGGUCGUGAUACUUAUCAGUAAGACAACUGAUCUCUGUGAUCUCAGUUCAAUAUCGACUGAUCAUCGGCACGGACUUGAUUGAAGCAAAGAGUUACAAAAGAUACUGUUCUAAAGAUCCUGGUCGAUGUGGAUGCAAGUGUUUAAGUGAAGAUCACUAUUCGAUCAGUUAAUCCGCGCCUGCGGUAAGACAAACAAAAGGCCUGGCCUGUUCAUCUUUGGAUACACAUAUUUGGUGAAAGAUACCCGUUCGUGACUGAGACCUAAUCCUGAUCACAGUUUCCAGUGAUUCUCGAAGGAACCAUCGUCGAUCUUAGCUCACGAUCGUUGAUCGUAACGUUUCUUUUUUUUUUUUUGUUGGUAGUGAGAUAGUGGUUUUUCGUCUAAUCCGGAUUUAAGAUGCUGAAGUAUAGUUUGCUACUCAUAAUUCUUCUUGGCUUGGAUGCAUCUAUAGCACAAGAUGACUCACGAAUUAGAGUAAUAACGGCCGCAAUUGGUGAAGACUCGAUUUCAGGAGUAACCUCGGCCCUACUUUCAUCCACAACAUUGCUGCCAUCAGCAAUUGCAUCGAAUGCAACGACAAACUCCCAACGUCAGAAUCGUGCAAUUUCCAAUAACUGUCCGCGAUCAUGUCCGACAUCGAGUACCCCGCAGGAGCCAGUUUGCGGAUCGGAUGGCUUAAUAUAUGCCAACAGCUGCGAAAUGAAGAAGAAAACUUGCUCCAGAAACGGAUCGAAUGCGGUUAAGGAAGUGAAAGGUGGCUGCGAACGUGCCAAGGGAUCGUCUUGCAAACAUCGCUGUUCAUCGGAGAAGGAUCCUGUUUGCGGAACAGAUGGACGUACAUACCUCAAUUUAUGUAUGCUACGUGUCCAGGCCUGCCGAGUAGGAACACAAGCCGUAACCUUGGCCCAUGUCGGUCUAUGCAGCAACACCAGUGCAAUCCGUGAAUCAUGUCCUGUAGAUUGUAACAGCGCUCCAAAGGAUGGACCAGUCUGUGCAUCGGACGGCAAUGUAUACAACUCUACCUGUGAAAUGAAACUUCUCACCUGCGGCCAAGGAGUUGUUCGUACGAGCCGGAAACACUGCCAAAGCACCAGGAUGUGCCGCGAAUCAUGCUGGCGAGUAUCCCGACCCACUUGUGGAUCAGAUGGUCGUCUCUAUGCUAGUCCCUGCAAAAUGAGAACAUCAAACUGCGGCAAGCACGUGUUCGAAGUUCCAAUCUCCUUCUGCAUGACCCAAGAAAGGAACGCAGGAUCGAACAACCAAAUUGAAGACUGUCCCACCGAAUGCGAGAAAAACAACUCUCCAUCACAGUAUGUCUGCGGAAGUGACGGAAACAUCUAUUCAUCGACUUGUGAGUUGAAGAUGCUGAAUUGCGGCACCCAGCGCAAGGGCAUCCAAGCUGUCUCAAUGGACCGAUGCAAAUCGAAAUUAGCCAGAUGCAAGCUCCUGCCCAAUUGCAAAGAAUUCAAUGACAAAUUUGGAUCAAUCUUCGCUUCAAGUAAAAAUGACAAACUGUGCGGAACAGAUGCUCAGACAUAUGGAAACGAGUGUGAAUUGGCUCAUGCUACCUGCUUACGAGGUGUUCAACUAGCUCACGUAGGCGAAUGUACAAAACUCAAGGAGCCACCAGUAGAUUGUGAAGUUGAAUGCCUUCCCGAGGAGACAGAAAUAAGCCCAGUCUGCGGUUCGGACGGAAACGCCUACCACUCUCUAUGCGAACUCAAGAAGCGCACCUGUGCCACUCGAGUUGUCUCUGUGUCUUUGGAAAAUUGUGCCACCACAGCCUACUGUAACGCCAACUGCAGCAACGAACAAGCCUCCUUCGUUUGUGGGUCAGACAACAAACUCUACCAAUCGGAAUGCCACAUGCGGAAGAAGAACUGUGGAAAGCAUAUUUUCGUGAUCCCUCUCAAACGAUGCCUGGCUGGAUUCUCAUUCAAGGGAUGCGCUCGCAUUUGUCCUCCGGAGUACGAACCCGUUUGUGGAUCCGACGGAAAGACCUACUCCAACGAUUGCUUCCUCAACAUCGAGAAUUGCCGGUCCAGCGGUCGAGUGCAGCUGAAACACUACGGAACCUGCAGCAAACCAGACGAACCCUCCCACAAUUUCUUGUACUAAAAUCCGAAAGGAGGAACUUAGCUUACUAUGAUCUUUUACGACUAAUUAAUUGUAAAUAAUGAAUUCGGUUAGCAGAUAUCGAAUGGUAGAGUAGUGCGAAGGACAAGUUGCGAGUAUGGUGGGCCCGAGUGGGUUUGAAAGCAGGAGGAGUGGUUACACGGCCUCCCACAACCAAACGUAUGUUAGCCAUAUCUCGCACUUGAACUGCUUGGAAAAAAAACAGAAACCGUCGAAAAUCUCACCUCACCGCAAGGAAUAAAACCGUUUUAACACUAAUCACUUAAGAUUCGAACGAAUUUGAAUCAAAUUUCAUCUUAUGCUAAACGGCAAAGGGUUUGCGACGAAUCAUGCAAUCACGCGGAAUUCACGCAACUCGCCAUACGCCAACAUCAUCAUUGUCAUAUUCACUUUUCCACUUUAGAUAGUUUUAAGGCUGAUAUUUAUUAAACGGAGGACACUAAUAAAAGUAUUUGUAAUUUAUACAAUCGAUUGCGGAAAUUAUCGUUUAGAACUGUUGUCUACGAGGUUUUAAAACGGAAAUAUUUAUUUUAGCUUUUCCAUACGAUUUUAUGUAUUGUGUGUAAAAGAAUUUGGCUUAGAUAAUAUUUGUAUAGAUAAA